AUGUCAGUUCCGUUAGAGAACGUUAUAGCAAGUGACUCUGGAUACCUUCUACGCCACUGGUUGAUAACCCCUUACCGACCAGAACCACCUCAAGGCACUCCAGAAUCAAGGUUCAAUGAAAAAAUGAAGCAAAUCCGGGUUUCUAUAGAACAAUGCUUUGGAUUAUUAAAAAACAGAUUUAGGUGUCUACUAAAAGACAGAGUUUUACAUUAUGCACCAGAAACUUGUGCAAAAAUCGUAAACAGUUGUGCAGUUUUGCACAACUUAUGCUUAGAAAACAAUAUUCCAUUAUACAAUGAUCAGGAAGAUGUAGAUAAGUGAUGGUGACAACUUCAGUGACGCCUUGGCAGAAGAGAGGAGCAACUUGCCACAUAAUAAUUUUUUGGAGAGUGGUCGACCCAUACGAAAUUUCCUAGCGAGAACGUAUUUUUGAAAGAAAUUGAUGGAUACAUUAUAGUAUAUAUA